GCCACAGAGCCGGAGCCGGGGCGCGGGCGGCUGCGGUCCCGGUGGCAGCGGGGGAAGAUGGUGGCGCUGCAGGCGGGAGCGGCUGGAGAGCAGCUUUAUUCCCAGGCUUGGCACGGUCGUUGUCACUAGCGCCGCCUGCUCCCGCGGGCCCGCGGACCCAGCUGUCAGGCAAGGUACCACCGCCGGGGCGGGCUGGGCCCCGUGGAGCAAAAUGAAAGCGCAGUGAGCCUGAAGCCUCUCCCCAGCCAUCCCCCCCAACGCCCACCAUGAACCACUUGGAGGGCUCCGCGGAGGUGGAGGUGCCCGACGAGGCGCCAGGAGGGGAGGUGAACGAGUCGGUGGAGGCCGACCUGGAGCACCCCGAGGUGGAGGAGGAGCAGCAGCAGCAGCCACCCCCGCAGCAGCAGCAGCCCGUAGGCCGCCGCCACGGUGCGGCCGAGGACCCCCGCGCGCAGCAGCAGCAGCAGGAGGAGGAGGAGCGCGGGGAGUGCCUGGCGCGCUCGGCCAGCACGGAGAGCGGCUUCCACAACCACACGGACACGGCCGAGGGCGACGUGCUCGCCGCGGCCCGCGACGGCUACGAGGCGGAGCGCGCGCAGGACGCCGAGGAUGAGAGCGCCUACGCCGUGCAGUACCGGCCCGAGGCCGAGGAGUACACGGAGCAGGCGGAGGCCGAGCACGCCGAGGCCGCGCACCGGCCCCGCGCGCUGCCCAACCACCUGCACUUCCACUCGCUGGAGCACGAGGAGGCCAUGAACGCGGCCUACUCGGGCUACGUCUACACGCACCGGCUCUUCCACCGCGGCGAGGACGAGCCCUACGCCGAGCCCUACGCCGACUAUGGCGGCCUCCAGGAGCACGUGUACGAGGAGAUCGGGGACGCGCCCGAGCUGGAGGGGCGCGACGGCCUGCGGCUGUACGAGCAGGAGCGCGACGAGGCGGCCGCCUACCGCCAGGAGGCCCUGGGCGCGCGGCUGCACCACUACGACGAGCGCUCCGACGGCGAGUCCGACAGCCCCGAGAAGGAGGCGGAGUUCGCGCCCUACCCGCGCAUGGACAGUUAUGAGCAGGAGGAGGACAUCGACCAGAUCGUGGCCGAGGUCAAGCAGAGCAUGAGUUCGCAGAGUCUCGACAAGGCGGCCGAAGACAUGCCAGAGGCGGAGCAGGACCUGGAGCGCGCCCCGACCCCGGGAGGGGGACAACACCCCGACAGCCCCGGACUGCCAGCACCCACAGGGCAGCAGAGGGUUGUGGGACCCCCAAGCGGCGGCGGAGGCGGCGAGGCCGGGCAGCGGUACAGCAAGGAGAAGAGAGAUGCCAUCUCACUGGCCAUCAAGGACAUCAAGGAGGCCAUCGAGGAAGUGAAAACCAGGACCAUCCGUUCGCCUUACACCCCCGACGAGCCCAAAGAGCCCAUCUGGGUCAUGCGCCAGGACAUUAGCCCCACGAGGGACUGUGACGACCAAAGGCCGGUGGACGGAGAUUCUCCGUCUCCUGGCAGUUCCUCACCCCUGGGUGCUGAGUCAUCAAGUAUACCCCUUCACCCCGGUGACCCCACGGAAGCCUCCACAAAUAAAGAGUCAAGAAAAAGCUUGGCUUCAUUCCCAACCUACGUUGAAGUUCCUGGACCUUGUGACCCUGAAGACUUGAUCGAUGGAAUUAUUUUUGCUGCCAAUUACCUUGGUUCCACUCAGCUACUCUCAGACAAAACCCCCUCUAAAAAUGUGCGCAUGAUGCAGGCCCAGGAAGCAGUAAGCCGGAUCAAGACGGCCCAGAAAUUAGCCAAAAGCAGGAAGAAGGCUCCUGAAGGUGAAUCUCAGCCAAUGACUGAGGUGGACCUCUUCAUUUCUACCCAGAGGAUUAAAGUAUUGAAUGCAGAUACACAGGAGCCUAUGAUGGACCACCCCCUGAGGACCAUCUCCUACAUCGCGGACAUCGGGAACAUUGUCGUGCUGAUGGCCCGCAGGCGAAUGCCCCGCUCCAACUCCCAGGAGAAUGUGGAGGCCUCUCACCCAUCCCAGGAUGGAAAAAGACAGUACAAGAUGAUCUGCCAUGUCUUUGAGUCUGAGGACGCCCAGCUGAUCGCACAGUCCAUAGGACAGGCAUUCAGUGUCGCGUACCAGGAAUUCCUCAGGGCCAAUGGGAUUAACCCGGAAGACCUCAGCCAGAAGGAGUACAGUGACCUCCUCAACACCCAGGACAUGUACAACGACGACCUGAUCCACUUCUCCAAGUCGGAAAACUGCAAAGAUGUUUUCAUAGAGAAACAGAAGGGAGAAAUCCUGGGAGUUGUGAUCGUGGAGUCUGGCUGGGGAUCCAUUCUACCAACUGUGAUCAUUGCCAACAUGAUGCACGGCGGCCCCGCGGAGAAGUCCGGGAAGCUGAACAUCGGGGACCAGAUCAUGUCCAUUAAUGGUACCAGCCUGGUGGGCCUGCCUCUCUCCACCUGCCAGAGCAUUAUUAAGGGCUUAAAGAACCAGUCCCGCGUGAAGCUGAACAUUGUGAGGUGCCCCCCGGUGACCACAGUGCUAAUAAGGAGGCCGGACCUUCGCUACCAGCUGGGUUUCAGCGUGCAGAACGGAAUUAUCUGCAGCCUCAUGAGAGGGGGAAUAGCUGAGAGAGGAGGGGUCCGCGUGGGACAUCGGAUCAUUGAAAUCAAUGGCCAGAGUGUCGUGGCUACACCACAUGAGAAGAUCGUCCACAUCCUCUCCAAUGCUGUCGGGGAGAUCCACAUGAAGACGAUGCCAGCAGCCAUGUACAGACUGCUGACAGCCCAGGAGCAGCCUGUCUACAUCUGAGCUGCGCUUCUGCGGUGGCAUGCAUGGAGGACCCUCCUCGCCGUGGUUGUGUUUCGCGCUGCAUCGUGUGUCCACUGAGACAUUCCCCUCUCGCGCCUAGCAUCUGGUCUUACACAGGAAGAGAAGAAUCAGCAAGGACCUCUUUGCUCGCUGUCUCUCUCCAGUUUGCUUUUUUUUCUGUUCCUUCCUUAAUACCAGGGAAGUUUUGUGUGUGCCCCCUUGAGGGUGGAAAACAGCUAAUAUCUACCUGAGAUCAUUGGGGAGGGUCUUUGGGAGACCCUAAGGUGGUUGUCACUGCCCAAGGAGACAUCAUUCCUCCCAAGAGGCACACACUUCCCUGAAAGAGUUCCCAGAGGUAGCAUAGGAGCUGAUUGAGCAGUGCCUAAAACUUAAUUGCUGUUCUCUCUGCCCUCCUCACUCGCUUGUUGGGAAGAUGGUGGUGACAGGAGAUGGUGUUGAACAUCCUUAGAGCCAUAUCUUUAAGGACAUUUGCUGCUUGCUAUGGAGUUGGGGGCCCUCAUACAUUAUUUCUGCCCAGAAUUUCUGAGCCAGUUUUAAAUUUCUUCCAUAGUUUAUUUGAGUUUCAAUGGGUGUGCUAAUACGGGCCCAACUGCAGAGAAAAGAGGAAGUGACAUCCUGGACAAGGCUACUGUAACACUGUAGAGAUCCUGGCAAGUCACAGGGCCUCUGAGGCUUCCCAGAUUGUCCCAAGUUUACCAACUGGAGGAAAACCACAGGCAGGUAUGAUCUGCCUGUGCACUUGCACAGGCGCUUAUGUGUACAUAACACACACACACACCCUGCACAGUGUCUCAUUUGCUCUCUGAAAUCUAGCACACAGAGCCUGUGGGUAACCCCCAGCACCUCUCUGGAAGAUCCCUUCCCCCUAGCAGAAGGUUGACAUAGAGAAACAGGCCAGCCUACCUGGCUGAGGUUUGGCCUUCCCUUUCUCAACAGGCUCAGUGGCCUCUAAGACUCCCCCACCCCACAUACACACUGGAUGUCCUCGAGGGACAAACUGUGAUGUGGGCCAUGUCCCAAAGCUAAGCCAGCCUGAGCCUUUCACAGCCACUAGUGAGGAUGUGAUAUUUCAAAGGCUAGAAUAGAUAAGCCACAAAGUCAGACAGAUUUAACACUUGGUGUUGGGCCUAGGAAUCCCCAAAUUUGCUCCAGAAACAUCCUCUACUAUCUUGUAGGUCUGGGAGUGUGUAGCUGGUGUGCAAGGCGUGAGGUCUCCAACAGACACCUCACAUUCUGGAUCAUGUCUCAGUCUAGUACAUGUUUUCAAUAAUAUCAUUCUGAGCCAGUUUCACUUAUUCUUGGUCCAAAGAGCAGUUUGUUUCCAUGUGGGCUGUGGCUAGUUUUUGUUUUUGUUUUGUUUCUUUGAUGAUCUCAGUAGAGACAGGGGAAGAAAACUAAUAUAUUUUGUACUCUGAAUAUAGCCCCUGUUCUCUGCAUCUGGGAUAUAUAUGUUGUGUCUGUGGAAAUGGGAGUUCAGUGAGCAGUGUUGGGGAGGAUGGAUUUAUGGAGGGAAGAGAAGAAUCCGUGAGAAAGAGAGAUGUGAAUAGAACAAGGUGAGGAACAAGAGGCUCCAGCCAGGGAGGGAGACAGUCAGCCCCCUGGGGUCUCUGACAUCAGGAGUCACUGGAGAGAAUCAGGAAAGCCUAGUGCUUACAGGGUUCUGCAGUAGAACCCUCAGCUUGACUUUAGCACAAGAAGUUCUGGUGAUGAGAAGCCACCAGCUGUCCAGAUAGCUGCCUGAGAAGGAAUGGGCCUGCUGCCGCUGUGGAGUUGGGACCACAGGAGCCAGGCUAUCUGGACUUAUUUUUAAGGGUGUCUAACAGAACACUUCUGCAUGACCAGGCCCAAGGUCAAACUCUAGCAAAUGUGAAGACCAGGAACCAUGUCCUGGAUUUUCUUCACAUCUCCUGAAGUAGCUAAUCCAUUGGGUAUCUAGUAUACUCACACACUGAAGAGUGUGACCCAUGUCUCCUCUGCCAAAGAGAUGAUGGGUAGGACAAAAAGACACUACUGCUGGCGUGUACCAAUGUCAGGCAAUGGAAACCUUGGAAAGUCACGUGAGAGGCUUAUGUUUGUCUGGUCCCAGGUGGCGACUGUAGGCACAUGCCCAAGCACCUGGACAGGAAGGCAGAAGCAGGUCAGCAGAGGCUGACCUGGGCUGGUCAGAGACAGGCUCUCACUCCCAGUAUAAUCCCCAGGUAAUCACAAUGAAGUGUCUUCACCCCAGGGAAAGAGGAAAGAGAAAAUACUUUCCAUUCAUGUUGUGUAAGAAAUCUGGAAACUUUAAGAAGGGCUGAAAAGCCAAGCUUUUCUGUGAGCCCUCCUGGAGAACUAACAGUUUAGCAUGAUUGUAAAGAUUACUUAGCUUUUGUGUUAAUCAAACUGGUUCCUCCCUCCCAGGAGGAAAGCUCUUGGAGCCUGGUCCAGGCCCCCUGGCUGAAGUGUGUUCUUCCUCUGCUACCGUCAGGCUGAGCGGUUAAACCUGGGGUCUUGUCUGACAUCCUCAUAUACACUUACAUAUGUAAAUAUCUCUUUACCCCCAAUAAUGGGGCCAACUACAUACAGAGCCGCCUUCCCCAAACUGCAAGGCACAAAGCCCCUCUGCCCACUCAGCUGGGAUAUGCUGGUGACUCGGCUUUGGGGACAGGCUCCCAGAUUUUCCUCACCCCCCUCCUACUCCAAUGAGGUUGCACCACAACCCACUCAGCCUCUGCCUUCUCCAGCAGGAACACUUCAGGGAGCCACCAUCAGCCUUGAGUUCAUGAGAGGAAGAAAGCCCCACAGAUCAAUGGGGGGAGCCCACUUCCUGAGCAAGCCCUCCCUCCCUCACCACAGCAGGCUCCUGGGGGUAGAGCACGCGGCAGGCUGCCACCUCCCUGCACACGGGUUUGCUUUCUGAACUUUGCCCAGCAACAUUGGCCUUCAGGGAGUCCAGAGUAACCUACUACCUCCCCCACUGCUCCCCUCCCCCCUGCAGCCCUGUCCACACCUACCCUCCCUGUCGUACACUGAUGAAAACCCACCCACAGAGCCCUGUCCGGGUCUCUCCGCCCACUGGUGUAGCCGUCACCAAUGUUUACAACCAAGGGCCGCCUCUUCCUGAUGUUUUAACUCUCACCUCCACAAGGCUACCUGUUGGUUUGAGUUUCACCUCUGUCUGCCUCUUCCCUGGUUAGGGUCCACCUAAGCACACAACUCUGAUUUUAUUUCCCCUCCAUCCAAGGCAGUGUGUGAUGACCGUGUGGGAAUGAGCUCUCUUGUACAUACUUAGCACAGCACCCGGGGUAUGAACCCGCACUCCUGUCCUGUGACGGGGUGCAUUAGCGCUUACUGUAAAACAUCGGGAGAAGUAUAGUAUUGUAUUUGUAACAAUAUCGUUCUUUGUAUACACGAAACUCAAUGAUCUCUAUAUAUAAAUAUAAAUAUAUAUAAAUAAAAUAUAUCUACACGUGAGCCUGGAAUGUGACACUGCACACCCACUGAAUGUAUUUCCUCUGACAGUCUGGUUACCGGUCCUGGCCCACCUUCCCCUUCUUUGUGCCGUGACUGCAGUUGUCUAGUUUGGGGUUGUGAUGUAUUUAAUGUGCUAUCUCCUUAUUUAACUGAACGCUAACGUCUGUAUAAGAAUUGCUGCAACAAUAAACAAGGACUUCGCCUCUUG